AUGUCUGCGGCUCAGAACGAGCUCCACCACGAAUAUUAUUGCUUACUUUUAAGAAAAGAAUGCGCAGACAUCGCAAAGAAAAGCUGUCUUCAUCCCGCGGCGACAAGGACGCACAUACGAGCCACCAGCGGGAGUGACAAGGACGACCGCAUAUCCGAUAACACGUCAAUACAUUCCUGUGUACAGCACACACGAAACGGAACCCUACACGCACGGCAUAGAGUCCAAUAUGAACGUGGAGCGUUAAUGGAAAACCGAUAUCAUCAAUAG